AGUGGCUCCAUUCUCCUGCGUGUCGUUCAGCAGCAGCAGCAGCAGCAGCACAGACGAGCUGUAUCCCUCCGAUCUGCCUCUUCAAUAUAGUGAGAGAAUAACGUCCCGGUGGCUGCUGUGAAGAUACGUGCUGUCAAGUUCACCUGAGGUCAAGGAGUUGUGUGUGUGUGUGUGUGUGUGAGUGUGUGUCUGUGUGUGUGUGCGCGCGCGCCGGGGAAGAGAGAGAAAAUGUCGCGCGGCUCAAACGCAGGGUUCGACCGACACAUCACCAUAUUCUCGCCGGAGGGCCGACUCUACCAAGUGGAAUAUGCCUUCAAAGCCAUCUCCCACAGCGGGCUGACAUCUGUGGGGAUACGGGGCGCGGACAGCGUGGUGGUGGUUACACAGAAGAAGAUACCUGACAAGCUGCUGGACUCGUCCACUGUGACCAACAUGUUCAAGCUCAGCCCUCGCAUCGGCUGCGUGAUGACCGGACACAACGCGGACAGUCGCUCCCAGGUUCACCGGGCGCGGGUGGAGGCCGGAGAGUGGAAAUAUAAGUUUGGCUAUGACAUCCCAGCGGACGUGCUGAUCCGCAGGUUGGCGGACAUCUCCCAGGUCUACACGCAGAACGCUGAGAUGCGACCUCUCGCCUGCUGCAUGAUCAUGGUGGCCCUCGACCCCCAGCAGGGACCCGUCCUGUUAAAAUGUGACCCGGCCGGCUACUUCUGCGGCUUCAGGGCCACGGCCGUCGGCGCCAAGCAGACAGAGGCCAACACUUACCUGGAGAAGAAACUUAAGAAAAAGGCCGAACUGACCCACGACAGGACAGUACAGUUGGCUAUAUCCUGUCUGUCCUCUGUCCUGUCUUUGGACUUCAAGGCCAGUGAGCUGGAGGUCGGCGAGGUCACCAAAGAAAAGCCGAAGUUCAGGAUGCUGUCGGAGGCAGAGAUAGAAGUCCACCUGGUCGCCAUAGCAGAACGCGAGUAAAGUUGCCCUCACAAGCAUCGGACCACAAAUCAUCAUCAGCGUUUCGUGGUCAGUUUACUCGAUUUAGGUCAGGUUAACGACACUGUUAGUCAGAACAAGUGUACACAGGCACACUCAAGGGCGCAGGUCUCAGAAAAGGGAACCAGGAACAAGGAAUUAGGACUGAAGCUUAAGACACAGCCAAUAAUAUUAGAGUCAAAUUUAUAUUCACGAAUCACCGUUGGGCCAUCGCUUUACAUAUUGACCUGUUCAACAGAGCCACACAUCCAGCAGCACCGCUCAUUCCCUGAAAAAAGGAAUGGAGGUAUAAUGCACUGAUCAUCAGUAACUGUGUGUAGUAACACACUUAAAAUAUCAGGAUGAAGUAAAACACUCACUUCAUUUCCGGAAUUUCGGAAGUCGGAUUCUAAUAACCAUACAUUUUCAAUGUUAGCAUUCCUUCUCACUCACUUUACCCUGUGUCCCAGAAGAAACUGACGUAGGUUUGAUUCAUAGUAAUUUAUCAAACACUUUCCCCCUUGCGCUUCUUUUAAUUACAUGUGCUGUAGGAACGUGAUGUUUAAAUUCUGAACCUUCAGAUUAUGGAAGCUUGUUCAACACUGAAUGUUCUGUAACACCACCGUUGUAAAGAUGCAAUAAAAUUAAUCAUCUGAGCGAUGUCGUAAUAAAACACAACAGAAAAAUAUUAA